GCUGGUGACCAGGCAGAAGGACCAGUUUUGUUUUUUUGAACCAGCGCCAUGAGCUGUCAAAAGCAUAUUAGAGGUCUAGGGGGUGAUGCAAAGCUUGGAGAUCCCACAAAAAAGGAGCAGGAUAUCAGAGGGGGAGCUCUCCUGCAUCAACAGAGACGUCUCAAACAAGCCACGCAGUUUGUGCACAAAGACUCUGCAGAUCUACUGCCACUGGACCAACUAAGGAGGCUUGGGACCUCUAAGGACUUGCAACCUCAUAGUGUGAUACAGAGACGUCUUCUGGAGGGCAGCCCGGGCAGAGAACCCAGUGCCUUGGCAAAAAACUCAUACUUGUUGGACAAGGGAAUCCAUUCUGUGUCUGAAACAAUACAACCUCCCAAAUGGCAAGAUGAGGCUGCUACCCAACAGCCUAACUUUCAUGACAAGAGCACACCGUUAAAUCUACCAUCUGGGGACACAGUUGGGUGGAAAGGAGACUCUGUGUUUAUUCCAUGUAAGGUUUGUAAGCUGAAUGUCAAGGCCAAGCUGUGCACUGAUCGACAACAGAACCUCAUUUCCCAGAGCUGUGUGGAACGACUUAGGUUGCUGGCAUCAAAUGAUAAUAUCCAGAGUGGACAUCAUAAGGAGCUGAUUGUGGACAUAGAGUUGGGAACAGAGAAACUGCAGAGCAAAGCUACAAUAGUAGAUGACGAUAUGAUGGAAUUCUGCCUAGGUUUGGAGACACUGAUCUCUCUCAAGAGCUGCAUUGAUCUGAGCAACGGAAUCUUGAAGACUCCUUUCCAAGAAAUAGGAUUCAUAAAUCCAGAGAGGAGUGGAUUGACAACAGAGAAGACAGAAACUGUGGCCAACUGUUACAGACAAGGACUUCAAAACUAACGCUAUAACUCAAAGAGCACCAGAUCAUUCUACACAGAGCACACUCAUUCCUUGAGACAUGUAUUACUAUCUGAAGCAGAGACAACAAAAAUAAAGGAGAAGAGAUACAGUCCAAAUGUAUAAGUCUCAUGCCUCAAAAAACUUGCUUGGCACUAUCGUAUUAUGUGCCAUUAUUACAUAUUAUUCAGAUCACUUAACAAUACUGUGUUUAUGUUUUAUGUUUAUGAAACAGCUGAUAUGAAGAAUAUUAACAGUACAGCCUUUUCGCCCAAAUUUCAUAUUCUGUCUGUGUUUCCAUCACCUCAAUUGGUAAGACAUUCUAUGCAUCCUCCACCAAUUCUGCCAAAAAUUUAGAUAAAAAAAGUGACAGCUAUUAUAUACAUAAAAAUUUAUAUUUGACGUUUGCUGUUGCCUCUUCCAAAACAGCCAUCAAUGGACAUAUCUGGCCUCUCCAAAUGUGGGUAACAGAACUAAAAGCAGUGUGGUCUGCCACCAUCAACAAUUUGGCAAGCAAAAUGUAUAGGAAAAAUAACAUAACGGUCUAUAAACUGACCAUGGUAGUGUGCAUGAAGGGUAAACGUGAAAUCACAGCAAAGAAUUUUGACCUUGCAUGCACAUUACAACAUCUGAAGCUUUACAAACCCAUUGUUACAGAAGAAGUAGACCUUUCACCCCACCAGCAUUCAUGAAUUGGAAUAUCUGACAUGCAACAACGGUGACUCAUUCUGAUGCAGAGCAACAGAGUGUUUGCUGGCAGAUAAAGGCUUUUUAGUAUGUCUGUUAUAUUAUCCCUGUAAAAUCUGAAACCUGUAUUCUUCAUAACAGCUUUAAGCAUUGCCAAUGUUUUAAAAACAAAACAAUAUUUUACUCCUUGACCCUCAUUUACAUCUCAUUCACACUUUGUGACAACACAUUUUCAAUGUGAAUUGUUCAAAUUUGUUUCUUGUAUUCUAUAUAAAAGGUUUGUUUUAAUGGAGUCUA